GUCCAUCAUUUGUACGCUGAUUUGAUUGGUGUAAAGGCUAAAACAUUUAGACGUGAAUCGUAUCAUUAGCGUUAAAAGCUUCAUUUUGUUUAUCCACUCGUGCGUUUGAGACACAACGACAAGAUGAUCGAGGUGGUUUGUAACGAUCGCCUGGGCAAGAAAGUCCGGGUAAAGUGCAACUCUGAGGACACCAUUGGAGAUCUGAAGAAGCUCAUCGCAGCCCAGACGGGUACGCGGUAUGACAAAAUAGUCCUAAAGAAAUGGUACACCAUAUUCAAGGACCAUGUGUCACUUGGAGACUAUGAGAUCCAUGACGGAAUGAACUUGGAGUUGUACUACCAGUGAAAGCAAGAUUCAAUCAGUCAGAAAAUGGCAAAAUAGCAGUCAAAAGAGACAUCAAACAUUUUUUAGGCCAAAGUGCUAAUAAUUUAGAGUUACAUGUUAUAUGUUUCCCCUUUGGUUUGUUUUGAUAUUUUCAAAAUAAAGUGGACUUUUACGAAC